CUGUCUUCUAUUAAAAUCUGAGAACUUAUUUAAUAAACAUCUCAAUUAAAUUGAACAUAUUGCGUUGAGAAAACCAAAUAAAAGAGCAAUUUAUAGUAAAACUACUAUAAAUGGCACAACAAAAACUGAAAAUAUUAGCAUUGCAUGGUUAUCGUCAAAGUGGACCAGUUUUCAAAGGAAAAACAGGAUCUUUUAGAAAAAUCGUGCAAAAAUAUGCUGAUUUUAUAUAUAUUACUGGACCCCACAAAGUAGUGGAUGAAUUUGGAGUAUUAGAAGAUGUAGAGUCUGUAGAAACUGAUCAAUAUAGUUGGUGGUUUAAUAGAAAUGAUGUAACAUUUAAAGGUGAUAGACAGGGUGGACCAGCAAUUGGUUUCGGAGAAUCUUUACAACUAAUAGAAAAAGCCUAUGAAGAAUUAGGUCCUUUUGAUGGAAUUCUUGGAUUCUCCCAAGGUGCCUGCUUCGUGGGAUUAAUAUUAUAUUUACAAAAUCGUUGUUGCUUGAAAACUAAUUUUAAGUUUGCAAUCGUAGCCGCAGGAUUUUGUUCAGGCAGCCUACCUCACAAAGAUUAUUAUGAUGACAUUCUAACAAUACCGAGUUUGCAUAUAUAUGGAACUAAUGAUAAAAUUAUAACUCCAGAAAUGAGUGAGAAAUUAGCAAAUGUUUUUGAAGAGGAGAAGAGGAUUGAAGUUUUACAUUCCGGUGGUCACUUUUUUCCUGCUUCGUCGCAGCAAAAGCAACAAUACAUUGAUUUUAUGAGAGACAUGCUAAUAUCUAAACUUGAGGAACAAGAAUUAGAAAGACCUGGCGUUAUUAUUACAACUGAUAAUAAUAUUAAUUAAAUUUAAACU